AUGCCUCGCGAUCCUCUUAUCGGUUUGCUAUUCACGACAAUCGAUCCCCAAAGAGCAAUUGGCUAUCUUCAAGUCGACUGUGCAUGUGUGCGCUUCGACAAGGCAGACGUCUGCAAGCCCAAUUAUGGCUCAUGCCACGACGGCAAGCGCUCAGUCCCCAUAGAGCUCCUCGAUGUCGCAGGACUCGUCCCAGGCGCGCACGAAGGAAGAGGACUUGGGAAUCGCUUCUUGGACGAUUUGAGACAUGCAGAUGCACUGGUGCAUGUUGUGGAUGUAAGUGGGACUACUGACGCAGAGGGCAAGGUUACAAGGGGGUAUGAUCCGAGCCAGGAUAUUAUCUGGUUGAGGGAGGAAAUUGUACAGUGGGUGCUGGGGAAUCUCAUGACGAAGUGGGGUGGGAUAAAACGACGGCAUAUAGCUCUCAAGGCCAAUGCUGCCGAUACCCUCCAAAACCAAUUCUCCGGUUACGGCUCUACCACCGCCAUGGUCCAGCGUACGCUCGACCGUCUCGCCCUCAAGACACCCCUUGAGUCAUGGGACAACGAAACGGUCGAGAAGGUCGUCAACGGCUUCAUCGACGAGAAGUUCCCUACUGUCUGCGCGCUCAACAAGAUCGACCACGCCGAUGCCGAUAAGAACAUUGCCAAGAUCGCGAAGAAGCAGCCCCCGGACAGCAUUGUCCUCACUAGUGCUAUCUCGGAGGUAUUCCUACGCAAACUUGCCAAGCAGGGGUAUAUUAAAUAUACCGAGGGCAGUGAGUUUGUCGAUACAAGGGAAGAUUUGAUAAGCGAAGGGGAUCCAGAAGGUGGUGGCCUAAAGGAGAUGGACGAGAAACUGAAGGCACGUAUCGAAAACCUAAAGGAUAUGGUGCUGUAUAGGUUUGGGAGUACGGGUGUGGUGCAGGUGUUGAGUAGGGCGGCAAAGUUGUUGGGUUUGGUGCCUGUGUUCCCAGUCAGGAAUAUGAACUCGUUCACCUCGGGGGCAGGAUCAAGUGGUGGCGUGUUUAGGGACUGUGUUUUGGUCAAUAAAAAUACUACGGUGAAAGACGCGGCGAAGAAGAUUAUGGGUGAUGUUCCAAUUGCCUAUAUCGAGGGCGUUGGCGGCGUAAGAGUUGCAGAGACAGACAUUGUCGAGAUUGGGAAGAAUGAUAUAUUAUCAUUUAGGGUGGGAAGAGCUUAA